GACCCAAACAGCUAUUUGUGCGGAGCUAAUCACUCAUGCUGUCAGUUCAUCACCUGAAGUUCUGUAACAGUUCCGGUCGUGCAAACAUGAUUCCAUUUUGUCCCAUCAGCUACCGUGUUAAGCUGACCCAGGCCUGCUGAAGCAUUGCUAGAGUGGUUGCUGUAAAAAAGAAAAGAAAAGAAAAAAGAGGUCGAGUAUGCCAACUGCUUUUGGUCUGCCCUUUUAAACUCCCUGUCUCCUGCAGCCUCCACUUAUAAAAAAGCUCUUGUGCCUUUAGUGACUAGUCCCCUUCUUCCCCUCUACCGGUUUUUACUUGACCUCGACACAAGGCCUGUAUUCUGCUGCUACUCCGGUUGGUGUUUGAAGUAGAAGCAAAGACAAAAGAACCAAGAACAAUGCCUACUUCAACACCACCCUUCGCCAUCGGUCACCCCCGUGGCCUCACCUGCAUCGCCAUGGUCAUGGAGUUAACUGCCGCCUCUGCUGUGCGCCGCGCCGAGGUCGACACCUCCCGGCCGUUCCAGUCGGUCCGGGAGGCCAUCGAGGUCUUCGGUGAGCGGUACGCGGGUGGCGGCAGCGGCUCCAAUGCGAGCAGCGAGUCCACUGCACCUCCAGCGGCCUCAUCCAUGACGAUGGACUGCCUGAAGAAACUGGAGGCAGACUUAGCAGAGGCCAAGGGCGAGCUGGUCCAGCUGAGGCGGAGGCAGUCCCAGAUGGAGGUGGCCAUGUCCAGCCUGACUGUGCAGUUCAGCAAGGGCCUGGCCGUCUUCUCUGGCCUCAGUAAAGGGAAGGAGGUCGCCAUCAUCGGCGCACCGGCGACCGGAGAAGACGACGACCAUGGCCACGGCCGGGUUCGCAGCGACCGGUGGGACGAGAGCCGGGCCGAGGAGUGGAUGGCGAGCCUGGAGUACCUGCCAAGCCUCUCGGAGGCACUGACCAUCAAGAUGAUCGAGGAUGACUCGGGUGAAAGGAAGGAGAGGAAGGUGAAGAGCAAAAAGGCCAGGAAGAAGCACAAGAAGCAGAAGAGUGGGAUCUCUUUGGUUGGAGGCAUCUUUUCAAAGAAAAGCAAGUCCAGGUGAUCGAGCUACGGACCACAAAUAUGUACCUAUAUUUAUGUUGAUAACUUUCUAUCUUUUUGUUGUGGGGUUUGCUUCAUAAGUUGCAUUCUGCAGCAGUAGCCUGUCCAGAACAUAGUAAUUUCGUCGGAAUUUUAUAGUACCAUUGCAAGGAACAAUUCCGGACCUACAGAAAUCCAGCGAAAUUCCUGUACGUUCAAGAGAGGGCCUAAGAGCGUUUUGACU